AUGCUCCCGCCGCCCCCGCGCCAGCCGCCGCCCCAGGCUCGCACGGCCCGCGGCUCCCUGCGCCUGCAGCGGGCUUUCCUGCGCGGCCCGCUGGGCGUGCUGCGGGUGCUGCAGCUGCUGGCCGGAGCCGCCUUCUGGAUCACCAUCGCCACCAGCAAGUACCAGGGCCCGGUGCACUUCGCGCUCUUCGUGUCCGUGCUCUUCUGGCUGCUCACCCUGGGGCUCUACUUCAUCACGCUGCUGGGCAAGCAGGAGCUGGUGCCCGUGCUGGGCUCGCGCUGGCUCGUGGUCAACGUGGCGCACGACCUGCUGGCGGCCGCUCUUUACGGGGCGGCGACGGGCAUCAUGAUCGACCAGACGCAGCGCCACAGUUACUGCAACCUCAAGAACUACCGGCUGCCCUGCGCCUACCAUGCCUUCCUGGCGGCCUCUGUCUGCGGCGGCCUCUGCCUCGGCCUUUACCUGCUCUCGGCACUCUACGGCUGCUGCCGUCGCUACCAGGGCAAAGAGGAGGUGGUGUGAGGCCACCCGCUCCACCGCGGCCCAGAUCGGUUUGGGGAAUCCCUCCCGAACCCUUCCUGCCGCCGCCUCGUGCCGGUGUGCCCCUGCACCCUCUCCCUGCCUGCGUUUCCACUGCCCGCGCCCUGGAUCCCCGACGUUCAGUUCUAGUCUGACUGCUGUACCGCAGCUCAGCCCAGAUAUCAGCUUCCAGGGACCCACGCAGCCAUCCGAGGCGCCGACGCACACACCCAGUUGGGCCGCUCCAGGCGAAGCCUGGAAGUCCCUCUCCCCAUUCCCUGUCGAGAGCUAGACGUGGACAGGCGCCGCCGCGUAGAUCCGGGGGAGGCUCCCAAAUUGGAACCAGUCUUUGGACUGCGCCAUUGCCCCCUCCCUCCUGCCCUGCAGUCGGAAGAGCAUCCCUUCCCUGCCCCCUCUUCCAGCCUAGGGUGGUGUAGAAUGCAGUCAGGCAGCUGCAAGAGGAGCUGGGGACAGGCUUUAGCUAGUGCUAGGAUGGAUGACUGAUGGAUGACGUCUUUAGUUGUAGUUUGGCUCUCUCCCUUCGCAGCCCUACGUCAAUGAAGUCUUUGGGUGGGGACAGCUACAGGAGUGGUGGAUAGCAAAGGCCCGCUGGCUGUACCUUACUUAACGACGCCAGUCUUCUCUUUGUCUUUAUCCUUGGCGUUCAUUCAGACUGGGCCAACUGUACUAACUUCCCUGGCCUCUCAGAUGUCACUCACCAGCUUCUGCUGCACCCCACCUUUAAAUAUGUUUGCAUUGGGGAUCCCACGUGACCAACGGCGAUCAUUAAGGUGCUGCCCACUUCUUUGGGAACCCAGAUCCCGCUUUUCCAAACAGCUGUUCUAAUAUUAGAACCGCACUCUUUUCCUCUAAAGCAGUGGGUUGUCUAGGGAGCCAGUCCUGUGUUACUUCCCAAAGAAGGCAUAGAAGGCAAACGGGUCUGUCUAUGGUGCUGUCUUCCCGAGCAGAUUCACAAUGUUUGUUAGCAUAGUGCAGUCUCUCUGAGAAGUUCUGCAGGUUUCACAGCCACACAUGGUAAUUCAGUUCACUGGACUAACUAUUGGGACUAAGCCAUUCCCACCGCAAGACUGUGCCUAUGCCCACAGGUUGACCCAUUGAAAAUUGGGGAGCUCCUCUUCCCCUGGGAAUUGCUCUAACUGGGGGUUCCAUCCAGUGACAAAGGAACUAGAACCCCCUCCCCAGCUAGAGACCUGAGAAGAGUUGAAGAUUCAUUCCUGUUGUUGGAAACAUGAAGCCAACAAUAGCCAGAUGAUCUCCAGUUCAAAGGACAGUGGCUUGUAAGAGAUCUCAGCACUGACUCUGAGCAGCCGGUGCGGUGAGUUCUGCUACCAAAUUGAGACCUAUCUGGACCUGGGGUGGACAGCUGGUGCCACCUCUAAGGUUUCCAUGUUGCUGUGGCCUCCAAGAUUCCCAGAGCAGUCGGAAAGGCCCUGCCUGAUUGGCUGAAGUGGUCUCCCGGGACCAGCAGAAGGUCUGGCAGUCUUUGCGGCUGCGGGGCAGGUGGGGAACAAGCAGUCUCUUUUGCAAGUGUCUGGUGGAAGAGAAGACUGACUUCUUUCUUGGUGCAAGAGGAUUCCCAAGCUCCUACGUUAUCAUUUAGGCACGAGAUGAUCUGGUCACUUGGGACUGAACUCUGCCCGUCUCCCCUUGCCUAAAUGACAGGUGUCAGUUCUGGCUCCCAUUCCUUCCCUGUUUGCCUUUCUCAGAUCACUGUCUAAGCUCAGGUGCAGCCCCCUCAGGAUCUCCUCAGUCCCCGCGCUCUGGGCCUGAGGCCAGCCGACCUUACUCAGGAGCACACAUCUUGGCCUCUCUGGUGCCUCAUCUACCCUCACGUGCCUAUAGCACUCGGAAGCUCACUAGCUCUUCUCCACGUGCCUUCCAGCUUUGCCUCCAGCGGUGUGGCGGUCCCUCCAUUUGCCACCUGCGAGAAGCACAGAUAAGGUUAUUAUGACACCCACCUUUCCUCAAAUGGCAUAGUAUGAUCACCCUGCAGUUGGCCCAAAGCAUUUGGAAACUGGUAGCACUCUCCCUGGCUUACCUCUCUGACAGGGGCCAGGACUGGGGCCAGGCCAAGACCACCCAGAUGGCUCCCCACCAUAAGUCUGGGGCCUCUUGUGGACCCAGGAGACAAUUUCUACAGUGUGUACAAAGGCCAGGAGGGGGUGGGUUUUGGUGUAGAGGGGCCAUGUGCCUUAUCCAGUAGUAUAUUCAUGGUCACCCCAGUAUGCUUUUUUGGAAUAAAGUUUGUUUUGUCUGAUCUUG